GGUGGUAGCCUUUUCUAUAGAAGCUGCCUAAAAAGUUCACAAUUUUAUUAAAAAGAAAAAUAAAUAAAUAAAAAAAAAACACACUUGUCCCCACGAGUCUCUCCAAUCUAUCUAGGAAAACUAAGACAAAAAAAAAAAAAAAAAAAAAAUCUAAAAAGAAAAAAAGAAAAAAAAAGAAACAAACUUUGUUUCAGUAUACAGAGAAUGAGAGCGAUGAUAUGAAAGCAUGCUUGUCGGCCAUUAGAGCUUCAACAAAGAGCUCAGCUUUGGCCCGGUUCUCUUCCAUCUCAAUCUCAACCAUUUCACGCAUUACCUAUAUCAUUCCUCUCGAGCCACCCAGCUCAAAACUGCACCACAAAGACUCGGGCUUUUUCGACGUUUCGAUUUGGUUCUGUGUUGCUUCAGUUUCACUGUUUGACGUGUUGUCUUUUUUUGUUUUGUUUUGUUUAUUAAAUUAUAUAUAGUUUAAAGCAAAGUAGGAAGAUCCUUGAAACGGAUUCUUUUCUUCUUUUUGGGCACUUUCAGUUCUUGGUGAAAAGGCUUGAGAAAAGGAAAGGGAGAAGGUGGUGUUUGAGAUUAUUAAGCAACAAAUCUUGGCCUGUAGAUCGCAGAUCCCCACCAUUUUGAGGAGAGACGAAGUGGGUUUGCUUCAGUUUUGGCUUUCUGAUUCAUGACUUUCAUGGUUUUUCAGUUUGUCAUUUCAGAGCAGUCAAUGCGAAAUGUGGUUCGACUUUGCUGUUUCUAUUAUCUCUCUUUUUUAUUGCUGAGAUGAGUGUUCAUUGGGCUUUCGAGAGGUGUUAAUUAUUGAUCUAUAUGUUGGUUGUGAUUAUCCGAAAGUUGCUAAAAUGUUCGGAAAUUUCAAACGGCGGAGAGUUUUGGAGGUGGGAUUUGCAGGGUUUUUGCUUAUCUUCUCUCUACUAGUUUUCACUUCAGAGGGGUUGAAUUCUGAGGGUCUUUCUCUUCUGGAGUUGAAGAAAAGUCUUCUUGACAAUAAUCAUGAUUUGAGAAACUGGAAUCCUGCUGAUGAAACACCAUGUGGAUGGUCUGGAGUCAAUUGUACUUCUGAUUAUGAUCGAGCUGUUUGGUCUCUUGAUUUGAGAUUCAUGAAUCUGUCAGGAACAGUGAGCCCCAGCAUUGGUGGUUUAGUCCACCUGACUCAUCUUGAUCUUUCUUACAAUGCAUUCAGUGGGACCAUACCCAAGGAGAUUGGACAUUGUUCAAGGUUGGAAAGACUUUAUUUGAACAACAAUAGAUUUGUGGGGAACAUUCCUCCCCAGUUGGGCAAUUUAUCUAACUUAACUCGUUUGAAUGUAUGCAACAACAAAUUAUCUGGUUCUUUACCAGAGGAGCUUGGGAAGUUGUCUUUGCUGAUUGAGUUUGUGGCAUACACCAACAAUCUUACCGGUCCAUUGCCGCAUUCUAUAGGGAAUUUGAAGAGUCUGAGAACAUUCAGAGCUGGCCAGAAUGCUAUUUCUGGUAGCAUACCAGGUGAAAUAAGUGGAUGUCAGAGGUUGGAGCUGCUUGGACUUGCUCAGAAUCAGUUAGGAGGGGAGUUGCCAAAAGAACUUGGGAUGCUUGGACGCUUGACAGACUUGAUUCUGUGGGACAACCAGCUAUCUGGGCCUAUUCCAGAGGAACUUGGCAACUGUACAAGCCUUGAGACUAUUGCUUUGUAUGAAAAUGGUAUAAAUGGACCCCUACCAAAGUCAAUUGGGAAUCUUAAGUCCUUGAAAAGGUUGUAUAUUUACAGGAAUUCGUUAAAUGGAACUAUCCCCAGGGAAAUUGGAAAUCUCAGUCAGGCUGGGGAAAUUGAUUUCUCAGAGAACUAUUUGAGCGGUGAGAUCCCCAGAGAGUUCAGUAAGAUAACAGGUUUACGAUUACUAUACCUCUUCCAGAACCGGUUUUCAGGUGUAAUACCAAGUGAGCUUAGUAACUUGAAGAACUUGACAAAGCUUGACCUUUCAAUUAAUUUUCUUCAAGGUUCCAUUCCAUCUGGAUUUCAGUAUUUGAGUAAAAUGAUCCAGUUACAACUGUUUGAUAACUCUCUGAAUGGUAGCAUUCCUCAGGGGUUUGGUCUCUACAGUCAGCUUUGGGUGGUUGAUUUUUCAGAUAACUACCUGACAGGUAGAAUACCUCCUCAUCUAUGUCGAAACUCUAACCUGAUUUUGUUAAAUCUUGAGACUAAUAAACUGUAUGGAAAUAUCCCAACUGGAAUUUUGAACUGCAAAUCAUUGGUGCAGCUCCGGCUUAUUGGAAACAGUCUUACUGGGAGCUUUCCUUCAGAGCUGUGCAAUUUGGUGAACCUUUCUGCCAUUGCAUUGGAUCAGAAUAGGUUCAAUGGCCCAAUUCCUCCAGCAAUAGGGAACUGCAAAAAGUUGCAAAGGCUUCAUAUUUCUGACAACUACUUCACCUCUGCAUUUCCCAAGGAAAUAGGAAAUCUUUCUCAGUUGGUGACUUUCAACAUAUCAUCUAAUUUGCUCACCGGUCAAAUUCCUCCUGAAAUAGUUAACUGCAAGAAGCUGCAGAGACUUGAUCUCAGUAGUAAUCAGUUUGAAGGGUCUUUACCUAAUGAGCUUGGAACUCUUCUGCAGUUGGAGAUUCUCCGGCUUUCAGAAAAUAAGUUCACUGGAAAUAUACCAUCGGCAUUGGGAAACCUUUCUCGUUUGACAGAAUUACAAAUGGGUGGCAACAGGUUUUCUAAUGAGAUACCUCCAGAGUUGGGUUCUCUUUCAGGUUUGCAGAUUGCAAUGAAUCUUAGUUACAAUAAUCUCACUGGUGCUAUACCAUCUCAACUUGGAAAUCUUAAUUUACUUGAAUUUCUUUUGCUCAAUAACAAUCAUUUGACUGGUGAAAUUCCAAGCACAUUAGAGAAUCUGUCAAGCUUGUUGGGGUGCAACUUCUCAUACAACGACCUUACUGGACCUUUACCUCCCAUACCACUAUUUCAGAACAUGGCUUUUAGCAGCUUUGUUGGGAACAAAGGACUUUGUGGUAGGCCUCUAAGUGACUGUAGUGGAAAUCCUUUUUCUAAUCCUGCUUCACAUUCGGGUGGGGCUGAAACUCAUCGGGGAAAAAUUAUCACUGCAGUUGCAGCUGCUGUAGGUGGUGUUUCUCUCAUUCUGAUUGCUAUCAUCUUGUAUUAUAUGAGAUUUCCUUCCGAGACUGUUGCUUCCUUGCAAGAAGAAGUUUCAUUUUCAUCUGCUGAUUCAGAUAUAUACUUUCCUGCAAAGGAUGGGGUCACGUUCCAAGAUCUGGUUGAGGCGACUAACAACUUUAAUGACAGCUUUGCUGUUGGAAGGGGAGCUUGUGGAACAGUUUACAAGGCAGUAAUGCGCUGUGGAAGGAUCAUUGCUGUUAAGAAGCUAGCAUCUCAUAGGGAGGGGAAUAGCGUUGAGAACAGUUUUCGUGCUGAGAUUUUAACUCUUGGGAAUAUCAGGCAUCGCAACAUUGUGAAGUUAUAUGGAUUUUGCUAUCACCAAGGUUCUAAUUUGCUUCUUUACGAGUACAUGGAAAAUGGUAGCUUGGGUGAACUGCUUCAUGGCUCUUCUUAUAAUUUAGAAUGGCCAACUCGUUACAUAAUUGCUCUUGGAGCUGCUGAAGGUCUUUCAUAUUUACAUCAUGAUUGCAAACCGAGGAUUAUUCACCGUGAUAUAAAGUCCACUAACAUUCUGCUUGAUGAGAAGUUUGAAGCCCAUGUUGGUGAUUUUGGUUUGGCAAAAGUAAUUGAUAUGCCUCAUUCUAAAUCAAUGUCAGCAGUUGCUGGUUCAUAUGGGUACAUUGCUCCUGAAUAUGCAUACACCAUGAAGGUUACUGAAAAAUGUGAUGUCUAUAGCUAUGGGGUGGUGUUGUUGGAGUUGGUAACUGGAAAGGCUCCUGUGCAACCACUAGAACAAGGAGGUGAUCUUGUAAGUUGGGUGAGGCAAUAUAUUCGAAACCAUUCAUUGACAUCUGGGAUACUCGACAAACGGUUGAAUCUUGAAGACAAAGCUAUGAUUGAUCAUAUGCUUACAGUGCUAAGAAUUGCUUUGUUGUGCACAAAUCUGUCCCCUUUUGAUCGGCCUUCUAUGAGAGAAGUUGUCCUGAUGCUAAUCGAGUCCAAUGCGCAUGCAAAUUUUGUUCUGUCUUCACCAACUCUUGACCCUCCAUUGAAAGAUGAUCUCCAAUUGAAAGAUAAUCUCCCAUGAAAGUAUGUGAUUCUUUCUAAGCUUUCAAUAACUGAGAUGAUUUUUUGAUUUCCUCAUGUUAUUUGCAGAAGGAAAAUGACAAUGUCUUGUAUAUUUUCAUUAGAAUAACAAUAGGGAAAUAUCUGUUCUAUAUAGUUAACAGGGCUAAUUAGUUUUGGUUUCUUUUCAAAUUAUGUAUUGCCUUCUGCUAUUCACACAGCAAGUAAAAACAAGAAAAAAAGAAUGUACAGUUCAAAGAAAUAUUUUUUUACAUGCAAAUUACUGGCUCCUAAUAUUAAUUCAAUUUUCUUGAACUCAAA